UCCCCCACUCAGAGCUGCAGAGAACUACCCCCAGGGCUUAUAUCAUCAUUUCUUAGCCUAGGGGUAAGGUAGGUCCAGACCCGCCCCUUCUCGGCUCCCUAUAAGAACAGCUGGGGACCUGGGAAUGCAGGGUCAGUCAUCCAUCCAUCAUGAAGCCUUCCAUGAAACCUGAGACCUUCCUGCUGGCCUCCACCCUUCUCUGCACCCUCCUGGGUCUGGGGUACCCGCUAAGCUGUGAGGUGUGUACCAGUGACGGUCCCAACUGCAGUGGAAAACUGCAGACUUGUGCCCCGGAUGAAGACUCCUGCAUGGUUGUCUUGACUGAGAGCAACAGAAAGGGCUCGUUGGCGGUGACCAGCUACAAGGGGUGUGCGAAAUCCAGCGAGUGUGACUCAGGAUCCUUCGCCAUCACCAUGAACACUGAGAACUACAUGGGGUCCAGGAGGCGCUGCUGCCAGGAUGAUGGGUGCAACCAGGACCCACUGCCCGCGAUCGUGAGAAACCACACAGAGAAUGGCCUUCGGUGUCCUUCCUGCAUCGCUGCCUUUACGGAAACAUGCACUUCGACUCAGGAAGCGGUCUGCGUUGGUGAGGAAACCCACUGUGUCACCGUGUCUGGCCUCGCACAGCCUGGUAUCAAAUUUGCGGCCCGGGGCUGUGGUACAGAGACCGCCUGCCACAGCAAGCCUGGGACCCUGGUGCCCUCAGGCUCUCGUUUGUUGACCAUCAAGAAGACCAGCUGUCGUCCAAGCCCCCAGGCUUCUGGCAAGGCUGAGUGAAGAACUGAGGCCCACGUGGUGUCUGGUCUCCAUUCAUUGUCAGCUGUGUUUCUAGAAAUUUCUACAG